UCGUGAUGACAUCAGCCCAAGCGGGUCCCGUGAACUCGUCAGCGGUGGCGGGGUCCACGUGGGCGGACACCGCCAAUCGUGUCGGGUGGGCAGGCGACUUGGCCUGGGCCCUGCCUCGUAACGUCUGGGCGGGGCUACGGAGCGACAGGGAAGCGAGAAGAGAGGAGACACGGGGCGCUCCCAUCCGCCUCUCGGCUACACACACAGAGAGAGAGACGCGCGGACACUAGACAGACACUAGGUAGACACGCGGGGAGACGGCGCGGGCACCUGACAUGGCCAGCAUGGGCUGCGGAGGAUUCGCGUGCGCCAAGAACGCGCUGUGCGUGCUCAACCUGCUGUACAUGGUGGUGGGGCUGCUUCUCAUCUGCGUGGCCGCAUACGCCAAGGGGAUCGGAGUGGUGUCCAGCAUCCAGAUCAUCGGUGGAGUCAUCGCCGUGGGCUCCUUCCUCUUCCUCAUCUCCAUCCUGGGCCUCGUGGCUGCGGUGCGGCACCACCAGGUCCUGCUCUUCUUCUACAUGCUCAUCCUCUUCGUGCUCUUCCUCGUGCAGCUGAGCGUCUCCUGCGCCUGCCUGGCUCUCGACCGCAUCCACCAGAUAAACCUGCUGCACAUCGGCUGGAACAACGCAUCUCCCGCCACGCGCAACGACAUCCAGACGCACUUCCACUGCUGCGGAUUCAACGACACCGCGCAAGCCACUAACUGCACCAAGGGUUCUUCUCCAUGCCUGGACGUCUUGCAGAGUUUCUCGGAGCAGGUGCUGCAGGUGGCGGGCGGUGUGGGCCUCUUCUUCUCCUUCACCGAGAUUGUCACCGUGUGGCUCACCUGGCGCUUCAGGAACAUGAAGGACCCGCAGGCCGAUCCCAACGCCUUCCUCUAGCCGAGCGUCGCCUCUCCAGUCCACACCCCAACACUCCCCCCUCUCCUCUCCCGCCCCCCCUCCCCCGCCUCCCGACCCCCACCACGACUCAUAUUUGCCAGCGCCGUGCCGCUAAGCUGCCUUUGCUCUGUAUCAACCGCGCACGCGCGCGCGAGGAGUUGUUUGGCGGCGCUCGGGGGAAGCCGAUUCGCCGGCCUCGCCACUGCGCUGCUGCUCCUCUUGCGACGCCCUCAUCAAAAGUCGCUCGUGGCGCUCGCUCGGAGGACGAGCGAGCCAUCACGAGCACGUCUCUUCGCGUGAAAUGCGCGAGCACGCGAUAACGCACGCGUGCGCGCUCGCUCGCAUCCGCAGACAAGCCAGUGAUUCUGGAACGUUGGACCAACGUUGGCAUAUUUACUGGGAAGCGGACACACACACACACUAACGCGCACACACGCGUAUAUGCAUGUAUACAUGCACGCACACAAGACAAAAAUCCCCUGUAUAGCCUUAACAGACUGUUGGGGAAAGUGCUGUUAGCGAGCACCUGUGCAGGCCGACAUGGCACAUGAAGGCGAUUGGUGGCCAGCACCACGCCCGGCCGCCUUUGUAUCCCGAGUGGCAAUGUUUACACACCACACCAGGUACUCAUUUAAGGCGGAGUUCACAUGGGGAAGGCCCAGGAACGGUUUAGAUAAUCGUCACUGAUGUUGGCCACGAGCGGGAAUCGAACUCUGGUCGCCGGGUUAGAAGCGCAACGCGCUAACCACUGAGCCACCGCUCCUCAUACAUGCACAUGUACACAUAUACUAAAGGUCACUUGCAAAUGAGACUGUCCUGGUCCCAUUUAUUCUCACCUUGUUAAACAAAAUAAACAUCACUAAAGCACACACGCAAUGAAUAGUACACACGCACACCAAACCACCACCCACGUACAUACACAUAUACAUGCGCACAUGCACAUUGACCUCUCUCUGAGCUUGGUUCACCCCCUUUCACCCCAAUCAAGUUCUCUGAAGGCAUCAUGCAGAUGGCACUAUGCCCGGCCGCCUUUGUCUCUCCAGCACUUAAUGUUUAUUCACUAUAGCAGCUAUUUGCACACACUGCGAUGCAUUCACACGCUAAGCACACACAUACACACUGAGUACACAUGCAUACACUAAGUAUACACGCGCAUAGGCCCAGACAAAAGGCAGGUCGGCAACUUUAGAAGUUCACAUCCGUGAUGUUGGGGGGGGGGGGUGAGACAAAUGCGAGUGUUGGAGGAGGGGGAGGAGGUAGGAUGAGCCUCACCAUCUCAGAGGGUGAGGGCAGUGGCGUAACUACAUCAUCAGCUUAGGGGGUGCGGCAAACCGGUUAGGUGGGGCCCCAGGACCGUAAAAAAACAAAUCUCAUGGUGGUUGACAAGGGGGCCCCCAACUGGUAGCUUUGGCCACCAGGGGGGCGUGGGCAAGGCACCCCCUGCCCCCCAAGCUCGUUACGCUACUGGGUGAGGGCACCUGUGAUCCCGGUAGCGUCUCGCCCACAAUGUUAUUGGUGAGCCAGGCUGCUGGGCAGCGUGUGGGGCUGCCAGUCUCACUGUUACCGUGGGUGAGGUGGGGAGCGUUCGGAAGCUGUCCGUGACCACAGAUAGUAAAGGAGUGAGAGUCAUUGAAGGAAAUUCUAUCUGGGUCACGUGACCGAUCCACUAAUAAUAGCGUUGUAGGGCGAGGAUCCGUCGGACACCGUGGUUGGUGAUCUCCACGUCACUGGGACUCGAGGCUGGGUCGAGCGAUCUCGACACACGGGGUAAGGGGGAGGAGUUCCAUAGAGACGGACACAGAAGGGUGCCGCGGUGUCUGGGAGAUGUUAACUACCUCGCCUGGUAUACAGGAGGUCGUGGGCUCGAUCCCGAUCUUGACCUCUGUAUAUUUGGAGUUUGCAUGUUCUCCCCGUCGUGUGGAUUUUUCUCCGGAUCAUCCGGGU